AUAAGGCGACCGUGUGUACUGAUGAAGUCUUGCGGUACAUCAUUUGAAGAUAAAAUUUGAAACAACAUCUGAAAAGGCACCACAUAUAAGCACACUCAGUUAUAAAGGCAGCAGAAGGCUUGUGCAUCACGAUAGGCUACAGCGGACUGGCAUGGCGGAGAGGGGUCAGGACCCCGGGUCUGUGAGCGUCUCUGUGGAAGACUCCGGCUGCAAUGGGAGUGGGCAGGAGGUGCCACUGCUCACACGGCUGAAGAAGGUGGAGAACGACAUCACAGACGCCCAGCACUUCUCCCACCUACCCAAGCGCUCUGCAGUGGACCUGGAGUUUAUCGAACUCUCCUACACCAUCCGAGAGGGCCCCUGCUGGAGGAAGAGAGGUUACAAGGCGUUGCUUAAAUGCCUUUCUGGAAGGUUCUGCAGCCGGGAGCUGAUUGGAAUUAUGGGACCCUCAGGGGCAGGAAAGUCAACCUUGAUGAACAUCCUUGCUGGCUAUAGGGAAACUGGAAUGAAGGGACAGAUUUUAGUGAAUGGGAAGCCACGAGACCUGCGGACUUUCCGCAAGAUGUCCUGCUACAUCAUGCAGGACGACAUGCUGCUGCCACACCUCACUACACAGGAGGCCAUGAUGGUCUCUGCCAACUUGAAGCUCAAUGAAAAUUCUGAUGUGAAAAAGGAGUUGGUGAAUGAAAUCCUAAUUGCCCUGGGGCUGCAGGAAUGUGCCCACACUCGCACCAUCUGCCUGUCGGGUGGACAGUGUAAGCGCCUGGCCAUCGCCCUGGAGCUUGUUAAUAACCCCCCUGUCAUGUUCUUUGAUGAGCCCACCAGUGGCCUCGACAGUGCCUCCUGCUUCCAGGUGGUGUCACUCAUGAAGUCUCUGGCACUGGGUGGCCGGACCAUCAUCUGCACCAUCCACCAACCCAGCGCCAAGCUCUUUGAGAUGUUUGAUAAGCUAUACAUCCUGAGCCAGGGCCAGUGCAUAUACAAAGGGAAGGUGCCUCACCUCAUCCCUUACCUAAAGGACCUGGGUCUGCACUGUCCCACCUACCACAACCCUGCGGAUUUCAUUAUUGAAGUAGCAUCGGGGGAAUAUGGAGACCUGAACCCUGUUCUUUUUGAAGCAGUGCAGGAGGGAAAGUGUCCUGUGGAGGAAAAGCCCUCCUGUGAUAAACUUAAGCUUGCUUCCCCAAACUGCACAUCUCACAACCUCAGUGAACCUGGACAAAUGGAAAAGCGCACAUUUGCAACAAGCUCCUUGACACAGUUUUGCAUUCUCUUCAAAAGGACAUUCAUCGCAAUAUGCAGAGAUUCGGUGUUGACACAUCUCAGAGUGAUGUCACACAUCUCUAUUGGUGUCCUGAUUGGCCUGCUUUACCUCAACAUUGGCAAUGAUGCCAGCAAAGUCUUCAACAACACCGGCUUCCUCUUCUUCUCCAUGCUGUUCAUCAUGUUUGCUGCUCUGAUGCCUACCGUGCUUACAUUUCCUCUGGAGAUGUCAGUGUUUCUAAGAGAACAUCUAAACUACUGGUACAGCCUGAAGGCCUACUAUCUUGCCAAAACAAUGGCUGACAUUCCAUUCCAGGUCCUGUGUCCGGUCAUGUACUGCAGCAUAGUGUACUGGAUGACGGCGCAGCCUCCAGAGGCCAUCCGCUACCUGCUGUUCGUGGCCCUGUCCACCUGCAUCGCCCUCGUGGCACAAUCCCUGGGGCUCCUGGUUGGGGCUGCAGCCACCUCCCUGCAGGUAGCCACGUUUGUUGGCCCUGUAACUGCUAUUCCUGUCCUACUAUUCUCUGGGUUCUUUGUCAAUUUCGACACCAUUCCUAAAUAUCUACAAUGGAGCUCCUACCUGUCUUAUGUCAGGUAUGGUUUUGAGGGAGUGAUCCUCUCUAUCUAUGGAAUGAACCGCACAGAGCUGGAGUGUCCAGGGAAGGUGUGCAAAUUCCAGAAGCCAGAGGAAGUUCUCCAAUUGCUGGAUGUGGAGGAUGCUAAGCUCUACAUGGACUUUAUUGUGCUGGGUAUUUUCUUCUUCAUUCUGCGAUUGGCCACUUACCUGGUCCUGCGCUACAAGGUCAAAUCUGAGCGAUAGGCCUCCUGGAUACCUCACACCUUGAAGGACCAACAAAUGUUUAAUGCAUCCAAAUCCUUUUCCGACUUGUAUUUUUGUUAUUGUUCUGAACUCAAUACAUUGUGCCACAAAGGCAGCAAGAUCUCAAAAACUAAGAGUGGUUCGUUAUAAAGCCUUUGGGCUUCACUAAUGAAGGAAGUACAACUGGAAAUGGAACUUGCUGGAACAAUGCACUGAAAAUGGAAAUGUUUUUGGGAUACAAGCUAUUAACUCUGCAAAGAGAAGGGUGUCUUAAGUGCCAGUGGGUCACAUUUAACGAGAAAUUAAUUCUACUGAUAAGCUGAGAAUUGUUCUUAUGUUAAGGGGUUCAAUAUUCUUUAUUUUUGCAUUUUGAAUGUAUGUAUGUUAAUGUAUAGAUACAUUUUAAUUUUGAAUAGUUUUGUAUUUUAUACAUCGUCCCAUAUUAUCUGUCUGUCUUGUCCAUCACAACUGCCAAGAUGGUACGUUAUGUUAAUAAAAACAUCUACAGGUAAA